AUGCCAAAGAAACGAAGAUUAGACCCGUUUCUCCUUUGGAUCAUCAGAUUAUACAAAUUAAGCCCAGUGGCAAUACGAAUCAAUCAACCCCAUGGAGGACUUCUGAUGUGUGCAUAUUCUCGAGUAAAAAAACAAUCCUACUUCACAAGUGUGGCAUUUAACUUGGAUGUGAGUGCCCAUAUUGUGUCAAAAGAUAUUUCUCCAAAAAUUCCAAAAUUGCAAGUGUUGGUGCAUGCUAGCCCUUUCUUGAAGUCACCGGACACAGAAAGUCAACGAUGGUGUGCGCAGAUUUUUGCAGAUGCACUAGAUGUGGAAUUAUCUUCAGUUUGUAUAAUAAAUGAAAGAGAUCAUGUUUGUGUAGCAAGUUUGGAUUUACAUAAAGAAUGGUGGACUGAAAAUUCAACAAGUGUUAAAGUUAGUUAUUCUUUUAACAGAAUAGAUCAGAAUGAUCAGUGUGCAAGUGCGUCAAACGCUAUAAUUCCAGGGCGAUCUUUAUUGAAUCAUAGUGAGAGUGGAAUUUCUAAACAGGAGAUAACCACGUUACAUUUAACAAAAAAUAAAGAAUCUUUUGAUGAAUGGAAGGAUCAGGAUAUUCUGAUAGAUGUACCAAGAGAGAUGUUUCAUCAAUCAGACACUUUUGAAAUUCCGAUACGUCUUGAGAAAAACUCAGAUCUACAAAUUUUUGUCAUGAGGGCUCGUGUACGGCAAGGUUUACGUAUCACUGGUGCUCGCAUGACAGACCCCUCUAGUCAGUGGAGUAUACAUGUUGAUAUUAAAGAACACCAGAAAACAGGCACUGUGACAGCGUUUGUGAGAGAUGCUAAGAUAUACAAGAGAUCUAUGAAUGGGCAAGAACUGUUCCGGUGGCAAAUGGAAGUAGCGGAAGAUACGUAUGACUCAAGAGACCGUGGACGUGUUGUCUGGAGUAUAGAGUACCAACAAAACGGUAUGGCCAGUGAGCGGUAUUUAGCAGAAGAAUCAAAAAUUGUGUCCCAGAUCAACAUCAGAAGUAAAGAUCAUCAAAGACUCGUCCCUGUACUUAAGGUGACAGAGAUAGUGAAUGUUGCUAUACUGACAGGCUGGGAACAAGUGUAUCCGUUACAGAUCUAUGCUGUUGAUGACACAGACAAACUUACUGAUGUUACACAGCACACAAAGUGUCACUCUGUUGAAGUUGAUGUCCUUAAGGUUGCCAGUGAUUGUACAUCUGUGUUUGUGGAUGGUGCAGAGAGUCGGGGGUCACACAAUGUCACAAUUAUUGCCAAGAAUGGACAGACAACUGCAUUCAUUGAUGUCGCUGUCUGGGUACCUGAAGAACGUCUAGAUAUUCAGCUGUCAGACACAAAACUUAGCAGAGUGAAAAACUGGAGGGUUCCUGGACCUGAACUGAAAAGCAGGUCGAAAAGAGCAAGCGACCCAUAUGUUAAAUCAUACUAUGAUAAGAUGGACUCUUCUAAGGGAAGGAAAUGUGAGUUACUUCGACAACAGUCUCUUAUGGAGGUGUUUGCAAGAUUCUACAUUCAGACGCCAAAAUCCACCGACUUUUUCAUGGGUCCAGGAACAUACCUGAAGAUCACAGAUCUGGUGAAAGGCCGGCUACGCAUGUCAGAUACACGUAUAGCAAAGCUGUCAGAGAAUGUUAUCAAGGGUGUGGAGGAGGGAUGUACCGAAAUCCAGUUGCUAUCACCAAGGAAUGGUCACGUUCUUGCGAUGCGUGAGAUUUGUGUAUCACAUGACAAAGUGUCUGUCAAACAGCUGAAGCUGAAGCUUGUUACCGGCAUGACGAUGUUUGUGGAUCCAAGUCGGAACACAGAGGGCGCUUUAGUUGCCACAGCUGUCAUAGAUGGACAGUUCCUUGGUAAAAAUCAUGAAGGUAUUGUAGAUGUAGAAAUCGUGUUCUCCGAUAUGACAACAUUACCUCUACGCAACAUAGCGCCUGAGGACUACUUUCUGCAAGUGAUUGCUGUCGAUCAUAACAUAGUGGGUGUGGCUGUAGGAGUGACCCCGCCUUAUCAACCACAUGUAGUAGCCAAUGGUGAGGGUGAAGGCGAACUGCUAUCAGUUAAAUUGAGACUGGCUGAGGCUUGUGAAAGGAAGAAGACUCGCCCUCUGAUCACAACAUCCAUGUUCAUCCAUGUUGAUUUCUCGCAGGAACGUCGAGUGUAUGAUGACAACAAGUACCAGAUGGACGCACAUUAUGAUACUAAUCGGGCAAGUGAUAGAUGGGAUGGCUCGUACCAGAAAGCACCAGUUUAUACAAUUGAUUCGCAGGUGGAUAAGAAAGAAUUUAGCGAUUCCAAAUUCGGAUCAAAUAAAAUGAAAAAUCGGGAUGAUGAUGGUUUACAUGUGUUAGCAAUUAAAGAUGAUAUUGCCGAAUAUGCGAAAGGAGAUUCUGAGGCAAAGCAAGAACCAUUACGUACUAAAACCCUCCAGGAUGGUCUCACACCACUAGAGAUUGGAAUGUACGUGUUGCUCGCCGUUUUCUGUGUUGCAAUGACAGUGUUUAUGGUAAAUUGUGUUGUAUUUUUUGUGAGAUACAAGCGAAAACAGAAACCAACUAAGGCAGGUAGUACAGAAGCAAUAAAGAAUGCAAACGACUGGGUUUGGAUUGGACGUGCAACUUUAGAAAGAAAUUCUGUUUAUACUCGCUCUUCUCGAACAUUGAUGCCUGAGGAAGACUUUAACGGAAAUGUGAAUUCCACACGACCUUUAAGUGUGGGAAGUAACAGUAGUAGUGGGAGUAGUCAAGCUUCAACUAGCGGCAUUUCUUCAAAUCCUUCAAAUAGCAACAGGAAUAGUGUUGUGUCGACAUACAAAGGGUCAGAAUGUAGUAUUAGAAUAACCACAAACCCAUUAACGGAGGAGGGUGCAAUGGGCGGGGUCCCAGAAGAAACUGUUUCAGAAUGUGGUGUCCCUCAGUGGGAUUACGAAGCAAUGGGCAUGAAUUAUGACCAACUCCUUGCUUAUUUUGACAAUCUAAAGGAGUCUACUGCAUAAUAUUUGAGAGAAAAUUGACUCUUCUAAACAGAUUAAUGUAUAUUGCAAAGAAUGGCAAGUUUUUAAGAAUUAAUGAAAAAACAGUUACAUGCUCUUUGAAAGAGAUGUUUUCGAAAUGAAGGAGAUUUCAAGCAAGGGAGGUAAUAUAGAGAGAGAAUUGACUUCUCAAUCCAGGGACACUGGCUUUGCAUUGAUACACAUUAUAGACAAAUGCAGAUUUUGUGUUUUACAACUGCAUAAUUAUGUAUCAUCAAUUAAGAUACAGACUUUCUUGUUGUUGUUCAAAACCAGUUAUGUGUUUUUCCUGAUACAUAUUUUGGGUAUUUAAUAGUCAUUGUUGGUAAUUGGUAAUUUGUGACUGGUUCACAUUUUUUAUGCUUUAACUGAUUGCUUCUUGCUACCAGUCUGCAUUUUAUCUAAAUUGAUAUUGCAGUUUUGCAAAAAUGUACAGAUUUUUUUUGUUCUGACAUCUUUUUUUUUUCGCUCCUAGGAUCUCAACCUGGUACAGCUUAUAUACAGGUUUUUAUAUUUUGUUUUUAAAGUCACAAGUUUGUUGCCAGUAUGGAAGAUGAUGUUCAAUGGACAUCAUUUGUUCAGUGAAUUCAGUUUUUUGGGCAUUUUAGUUGUAUUGUACAGGUGCUAAAACAGGAUAAAAUAUAUAUGCAGCUUUGUAUGUGAGUUCAGUAAAUACUUGGCCAUAAGUCAAUUUUUUACAUUUGUCAUUUUGAUCAAGAUUGAACUUUAGCUGUAUCACUUGACAAGUCAAAGACACAACAUGCAUUUCAUAGUCAUUAUAAGGUAAUAAAAAAUCAGAAACCAAGUAUAAAAAAAGCCAUUGAAGAGAGGCAAUACUGUGUUUCUACAUGCACUUAUGCCAGUCUCCUUCAGCCAGAGUAAUGUUUAGGAUCAAUUAUUGGUAGAGAACUUAUCAUAUGUAAAUAAGUAUAUGCAACUGGUAUAGUAAGAUAUGCUUAUACUUUUAAUAUGAUGUGAAGUUGAGAUACAAAGCUGCAUAUCUAUUUUAGUAAUAUGCCUCAGUUUUUGCAAUAGAUACUGAGUGAUCCAGACUAAAUUCUUGAUUAAGUUCAGCAUGAGACUUCAGAUUGGAAUUCUAGUGAUAAUGAUUAACCCUUACCCUGCUACAUUUCUGUAAUGAACUUGUCCAUCUAUCAGGUUAGACAGUAACAUUAACUGUUAAAAUGGGUGUUUAUGAAAAAGAUACUGACUGAAUGGCGAGCAGGUAGAUCUUGAUCAGACUGCACAGAUGUGCAGGCUCAUCAAGAUCUACACUGGCUGCAAAGGGAGAAUCAUUCAUGUCCAGCAUGAGAAGGGUUUAGAUCCAAAAUUACCAUGAUAAUACUUACAGGAUGGUUUUUGAUCUUGUUUCGUAUAGCUUUAUAUUUGAAAUUAUCAAAGUUUUCGCAAUUUUUAUUAAAAUCUGAAACAGCAAUUUGAAGGGAAGUAUUAUCUUGAGUAGUGUCAAAGAGAAGUUAAAUUUUAACAAGGGUAGAUAACUAUGCACACAGCAUACACGAGUUAUGUACCCUGUCAAAAAACUUACAUGUUUGCAAGCUUGAAUAUAAACAGUGUUACGUAAUUGUUUAUUAUGCUGCACAUUAUUCUAUUCACAGAUGCAAAUUUACUAAAAAAAUAUUACAUGAAGUCAAAAGCAAGAUACUCAAAAUUAAGAACUAUAUGAUCAAAACAGAUUCACAUAUGCUUCUUGUAUGCUAUUUAACUAAUAAAUGAUUUUUUUAAUGAAAUUUUAAGAUUUUUUUCUCCUUUGUACAUUUUUGUAAAUUUUGUUAUUUAUAAAAGUUUUGUUACUAUCAGUUAGUGAUUUAUAUUUGUAUAUAGCUAUAUUUUAUUGUAAAUAUCCCCACUCAUAUUGUUGUAAAACUAAAUGUGCUAUCUACUUAUAUAUUAAUGUUUGUCAGUUUAUUUGUUGAAAACUUUGUUUUUGUGUAUGAAAUACCUGUUUUGUAUUUAUAGAUGUUUUCCUCAUUCUCGUAUAGGGUGGGG